AUGGACGACAAAUCAUUUGGUCCCCGCCUGCUGGGCCACUUCGAUUUCACCUUGCUGUUUGAGCACACAAUCUUUCAAAUUGCCCCUUCCGCUCUCAUCCUCUUCGCAACUCCCUUUUACGCCCACAGACUGUUGCGCGGCACUGUCGUCAUUCGCCCUGGUCGGUUGCUCUUCGUGAAGCUUGCUGCUGCCAUUGCCCUUGUCGUCGUUCAGAUAGUGAAUUUGGUCUUGUGGUGGUCAUCCAGUCUAGAGUAUCUGGAUCUCAAACUGGGUCGAAUCGCGGCCGUGUUUUCCUUACUCAGUGCAGUCUGCAUUGCUAUCAUCAGCAUUUCGGGCCAUUUUUACUUUCUUUCUUCUUCAACCUUUCUUGGUCUUUUCCUCACCAUGACACUUCCCGCUGAUAUUGUCACUACCUUGACCUAUCACAACCGCCCUGGCCUACUACAAAUUGCACACCUUCAAAUUGCUGUUCCGGUCCUCAAAUUUGUUUUACUUAGCCUCGAAGAAAUUUCUAAACGGUCUCUUAUCAAGGCACAAAAUGUCAGAGAUUCGCUUGGCAGUGAAGGCCUCGCAGGUUUCUGGAAUAAGUCGCUACUCAUUUGGCUUAACCCUCUUCUACUUUUCGGAUUUCGGCACAACAUCACAGAUGGCUCGCUCCCUGCCCUUGCGUCUCAGUUUGCAUCCGAUAUUAUUUACCACGAGUUCGAAUGCAAGUGGGCGUCACGCGAAAGGAAAGCCUCUAGAUAUGCCUUGGCUAUUGUCCUGUUUCUAUCUAUACCUUGGCCGUUCAUAUACGUCUUCUUGCCGCGCUUGCUGGUGACCGGGUUUCCAACGAAAGUCCAUCCGUCGACGUUGAGCAUGGUCUAUUGGUUGCUACAGCCAUUAUCUACACUGGCCUGGCGAUUUCGAGGUCAUGGCAUUGACCAACUUGUGGAGCUCGCCUAUGAAUGUACAGCCUAUGUCAUUGAAAUCGGUCUUGGAAUAGCACUGCUCGCAAAGUUCGUAGGCGCUGCUACAAUAUUUGCGCUCAUUCCUACUAUUGUUGCGACGGUUCUCGUAUUGUUUACCGCGAAGAAAAUGCUAGUCACUCGUCGCAAGUGGAACGAGCAUAUAUCCACGCGCGUGGAGACUACAUCAAACAUUCUUGCCCAAUCCAAGGACAUCAAAAUGAUGGGGCUUGCACCUGUUCUCGCUCUCGAUUUGCAGGAACAGUUUGAAGCCGAGACCCGAGCUGCAAUGAGAGACCGCAAUUAUCUCACCGUCUCUUUGACCCUCUCAGCGUUUGGCUCCUCUGUCACCCCCGUGCUCGUCGUUGCGGGUUCUCUGUUCUGGAGUCGUGCCUCGGAGCCCAUGACGCCGUCCCGCUUCUUCACAACACUGGCUUUUGUGCAACUAGUUGCGCAGCCGCUUUCCUUGUUCCUCGAAUAUCUUCCAUACUGGACAACCGGUUUUGCCGCCAUUUCUCGUGUUCAAGAAUAUCUGGCCAUUCCGGAGCCGAACGACCCGCGGACAUUCCGCUUUGAAGCUGACGCCAGUAGCAGCGAAAAGGGCCCAAGAAAUCGGCAUGCGCCGGGUGUAUAUUUCGCGGUGGAAAUGCUGUAUGCCUGCGUCACGUCGGACUUUGCAGGACCGAUCUUGCGGGGUGUCUGCGCAGGUUUUCCAUUCGGUACCGUUGCCAUGAUAUUUGGCCCGGUCGGAUGCGGAAAGACAACAAUGUUAAAAAUCAUCUUGGGAGAGGCUCAAUUGAGUCACGGUGACAUCAAGCUGGCAUCCGAUUCUAUUGCUUAUUGCAGCCAAGUGCCUUGGAUCCAAAAUAUCACGAUUCGACUAAAUAUUAUUGGUCAAAAAGCAUUCGAUGCGAGGAAGUAUGCAGGAGUUGUAUACAUAUGCGCGUUAGACGAGGAUUUCGAUCAAAUGCCAAACAAGGACCAAACUGUUGCCGGAACUGAUGGAUGCAAUCUGAGCGGAGGGCAAAAGUCCCGUAUCGCGCUGGCGCGAGCACUCUAUCUGGAGGCGGAUAUUAUGGUCCUCGAUGAUCCUUUCAGCUCAUUGGAUAGAGAGACAGCGUCAACGAUCCGUCUUCGACUCUUUAGUGAGAGCAACCUGAUGGAGGACGAUCGCACGACAAUAAUCAUGACGACUAGUGUCAAGGCACAUCUUGUCGACGCGGAUGUUCUCUUCCGAAUUGACCAGAAUGGCGAGGUUGAAAGGGCGCCUCUGACAACACGAGAGCUCUCCCCAGACUCCAUAAUAAAGAGCAUGCAUGUUCAGGAAGAAGCGAUGUGCCGCGCGCCCGCCGGCCAAGUCGCGAGCCUCCCGGCGGUCAAGCCCAAUGAGAACGCCGGCGAUCACCCACGCAACGCGCGAGCAGGUGAUUUCUCACUUUACUCUUUUUUUGCGAGUCCAGCGGGCACCCUAUACCUCUUGUUUUGGGCCGCGGUACUGGUGCUUUCAGCUGUGGCUGAACGCAUGCCGCAAAUCUUUGGGCGUAUCUGGAUGGAAGCAGAUCCCACCAAUGCCAAAUACUAUGCCGGCUAUGCUUUAUUUGGCAUCGCAAAUCCGAUAAUGCACGUAUUUGCAAUUGGAGGAUUCUUUCAUCUUGUCAACGCGAAAUCUGUGAACGCUUUGCAUUGGGUUUUGGCCGAAACAAGUAGUAAAGCGACGUUCGAAUACCUCAUGGAAGAAGACGCAAGUUUCUUGCUCAACAGGUUCAGUGUCGAUACCUCCAUGGCCACCCAGGUUUUGCCGACAACUAUCAUUACGGUAGUCUGGGUCGGCCUCACCGUUCUCAUCGAUGUUGGCGUGAUUGCUUCCGGCGCCAGCUACGCCUCACCCAUCAUUCCUGUAUUUCUUCUCGUGGUGUACGUCGUACAGCGGUUCUAUCUGCGAACAUCUCGACAACUGAGAGAGAUGGAGCUCGACGUCGCGAAGCUACUAACGAGGCACCUCGUGGAAACUGCCGCUGGAAUCGAGCAUAUCCGAACAUUUCGCUGGCAGGAUGCUUUCAAAUCCGAACUCCAUGAGAUUCUGGACCUCACGCAAAAACCCUUCUAUUUUCUCAUAUCCAUCAACCAAUGGUUAAGGUCAGUCAUGGAUCUCAGUACGGCUGCAUGCGCCGUGGCGAUAGUCGGCCUCGCCCUGAGGUUCCAUAACACGGCUUCACCUUCUUCCAUGGGCCUGUCACUUCUCAGUCUUCUCUACUUCAGUGAUGUAGCUGCUAUUUUCGUGCGAUACUACGUCAAUAUGGAAAUGGCCUUCGGUGCUGUGGCUCGCAUUAGAGACUUCAUGAACAAGACUCCCAAGGAGCAGGAACGAGACUGCGUGCCGCUGCCCGAGAACUGGCCGCCAGCUGGCAAACUGGAUUUCAGCUGCGUGGGUGUAGUCUACAAGGCUGGUACCGAGAAAGCGCACACAGUGUUCAGAAAUAUGUCCGUUACAGUUCAGCCAGGCCAGACAAUUGGAGUUAUUGGCCGAACUGGAAGUGGCAAAUCGACGCUCGUACUUGCACUUCUGCAAUUGAUCGGGUUUUCUGGGACCAUCCAUAUUGAUAACCGAGAGGUCAAGACGGUCCCCAGAGAGCUUCUUCGGAUGCGGAUAACAACGAUUACACAAGGUGGGCUCGAACUCAACAGCUCAGUUCGCCUCAAUCUCGAUCCAUUCAAGUUUAGCUCUCGCGCUCGAAACAUCCCAUUUCCGAGCGAUGAUGGCUUAGCGGAUAUAUUUCGUCAAGUCGGCCUUUGGAGCCAGAUUGAGGAAGCAGGGGGUCUGGAUGCAAGCAUGGCAAAGCUAAAGCUAUCAAGCGGACAGAAGCAAUUGUUUCAAAUCGCUCGUGCUAUUCUCCAUAAGCGGAUGAUGGAAUCUAAGAUCUUGUUGAUCGACGAAGGCACCUCCAGUAUGGAUGCCGACACAGAGGAGGUUGUGGCGCAGCUCGUCACCACAGCCUUCGCGGACUGCACCAAAGUGUUUGUUGGCCACCGGCGGGCCCUCCUGGCAAAUGCGAAUCUGGUUCUACAUCUCAGCCAAUAUGAUGAUCCGAUAGUUACCAGAUUCAGGGAUCGAAGCGAGAGUGGUGGGUAUGAUAGCGACCGAGAGAGACUGUUGCAGCAUUUGAGCUAA